GCUGCUCUGUUAUUUUCAUCUCCUCUCGUUUUUUAGGUUGAGUUCUCCCGGUUGUACUCGGUCCAACACAAGCACGAGGGAGCUUGAGCAUCCUCUUUGACAUGGCGAAUUCUCUAUGCUUUGCUCCGACUUGUUCUGUCCGGCCUCCACCCAGAGUGGUGAUUGGCUAUCCGGUUGCUGGGAAAGUUCUGAGAGUCAAUGAUGCGUGUAUUGGGACUAAAACUGCAAGAUUUCAGUCUCUGGAAGUCAAGGCUGCAGAGAAUAGUCCAGGCACGAAAACCCGAAGCAUUGUUUGUGCUAAUUGUGAUGGAAAUGGUGCAGUGCAGUGUUCCCAAUGUGAAGGGACUGGAGUAAACUCUGUAGACCACUUCAACGGACAGUUUAAAGCCGGCGCGAUAUGUUGGCUUUGCAGAGGCAAAAAGGAGAUGUUGUGCGGGGACUGCAACGGAGCUGGUUUCCUCGGUGGAUUCAUGAGCACAUUCGACGAAUGAAUUUCUUCUUUUUCACUAAAUUCAUUAUUUUCGGUAAUGUGCACGAGCCUCAGAAUACAAUUUCCCUUCAUAAGGAUAGUACGCAAUGUGCUGUUUUGAAGUCCCGAUAGGAGAAGGAUGAUGUCCGUUAUGUACCAAAUACAUUCAGUUCUUUAGUGUUCUCAUAUAAGCUUAUAUAUGGAAGAGGUAUUUGAUGGA